AGACGGGCGGAGCCGAGAACCAAACACACGCGAGGCCUCCCGAGCGGCGGGGGGCGGGGCCGGCGAGUGGAGCCGAGCCUCCGGAGUCCCGAGCGCAGGCCUUCCGCCGAGUUUAUCUUUCGGUUGCUGGUCGCCGUGGGCCGCGCGGCCUACGGUCGGGCUGGGAAGCGCGCUGCAAUGGCGACCUUUGUGAGCGAGCUGGAGGCGGCCAAGAAGAACUUGAGCGAGGCGCUGGGAGACAACGUGAAACAAUACUGGGCCAACUUAAAGUUGUGGUUCAAGCAGAAGAUCAGCAAAGAGGAGUUUGACCUUGAGGCGCACAGACUCCUCACGCAGGACAACGUGCACUCUCACAAUGAUUUCCUCCUGGCCAUCCUCACGCGCUGUCAGAUUUUGGUUUCUACACCAGAGGGUGCUGGAUCUUUGCCCUGGACAGGGGGCUCUGCAGCCAAGCCUGGAAAACCCAAGGGCAAGAAAAAGCUUUCUUCUGUUCGACAAAAAUUUGAUCAUAGGUUCCAGCCUCAGAACCCCCUCUCUGGAGCUCAGCAGUUUGUGGCAAAGGACCCCCAGGAUGAAGACGAUUUGAAGCUCUGUUCGCACACGAUGAUGCUUCCCACCCGAGGUCAGCUUGAAGGGAGGAUGAUCGUGACCGCCUAUGAGCACGGGCUGGACAAUGUCACCGAGGAAGCCGUUUCCGCUGUUGUCUACGCUGUGGAGAAUCAUCUCAAAGAUAUACUGACUUCGGUCGUGUCAAGAAGGAAAGCUUACCGGGUACGAGAUGGGCAUUUUAAAUAUGCCUUUGGUAGUAACGUGACCCCACAACCAUACCUGAAGAAUAGUGUGGUGGCUUACAACAACUUGGUUGAAGGCCCUCCAGCCUUUUCUGCUCCCUGUGCCAGUCAGAAUCCAGCUUCUCACCCACAUCCCGACGAUGCUGAGCAGCAGGCUGCAUUCCUGUUGGCAUGCUCUGGGGAUACACUCCCUGCAACUUUGCCUCCAGUGAACAUGUAUGACCUUUUUGAAGCUUUGCAGGUACACAGGGAAGUCAUUCCCACACACACUGUGUAUGCCCUUAACAUUGAAAGGAUCGUCAUGAAACUCUGGCACCCCAGUCACGAAGAGCUGCAACAGGACAAAGUCCACCGCCAGCGCUUGGCAGCCAGAGAAGGACUUUUGCUCUGCUAAAUCAGAAUUGAAGAUUUGGGAUCAUCACUAAAUUAAUUGGUUGCUGAAAAUUGAAUGCUUUUGAGUCCACAUUUCAAAACUGAAGUGUAUAGUGUGUGUAUAACCUUUCCUAUGGAAAUGUGACAUUGAGUGCAUUUUGUGUUGCUACUGUGAAGCCAUUAAUAUAUAGCUGACUGAUGACCUGUGUCUGUGUCCCUAGGUAUAGGAGGAGCAGGCACUGUUCUUUGCCUAGAUAGGGAUAGCAAGGCACCUGAGGUGUGGUAUCUCUGUGCUGUUGAUAAGA